CACACAGUCUCCGCCAAGGAUUCGCGACAACCGCUUUCCGAGACAACAACAUCGACCCGGCGCACCCACCAGGCCCCAGGGGCAUCCGUUCGCUCGGUCACCGCAUUCAACAUGAUUGAGACGCCGGCAAAGCGGUUGCGCAUUCUCCGAUCGAUCGAAGUGGACGAGACGAAUCCCGAUUACAUAGAAGCGAAACAGAAACAACAACAGAAGUUCAAAGGCAGACUUGAGAGGAUGUUCGAAAAAUAUGAGAACAUGCACGAAUCGAUGACCGACGAGGUCGACUUGAAUACAGGCAAGAUUGUGGUGGACAGGGGACAUAUCAGGAGAAUGCAACGACAGCUGACGCGGAAUAGACCAACGAUGGUCGACAGCUUUUUGGGUGCUGCAAUUGAAGAUGACACAGCUUCAGAGGACGAAGAUGGUCAAGGCGAAUCGGAGGAUGAGUUGGCACCUACUCAAACGCGAAAGAGGAAGAGGGACAGCGUGGAGGACAGCGAGACAGCGCAGACUCCAGCGCAACAAAACAUGAAUCUCGUUGCCACACCGCAAGCUGUACCGACAGCAUUUAUACAGAGAAAUUCGUCCCACAUCCCCAAUACGCCGAACCCAGCAGCAAACCUACUAGAAAGCAUACAAUUCCCACAGACACCACUCGGACAGCAGGCGCAAGCAGCAUUCGUUGCCAGCUUGAACCAGACGAUUGUACAAGCCGUGCAACAAGUCGUCGCGCCGUUGUUCACCAUUCUCCAGAACACACCAAACGGACAAGCCGUCCAACCUCAAUUACCUGCCACAUCUCUCCCACUACCAUCAACAGAUGGUGUGAAACCAGCAGCGGAUCCAAAAUGGUACUUUCCGCCUAUCUUAGCUAUAAAAAAAACGCCACAAACCGAACAUCCGAGAUCUUCCCCGCCCGUAGUAACGGAAGCACCACUUGCGUCUACCAAUGAAGAUCAUGUUAGCUUGCCUCCAGGCACCCGUCGAAGAAGCCCAAAGGUCCAUAUACGAAUGCGCUCUGGUCCAAUGAGGAGGGACCAAAUUUCCCAAACACUUGAGACAACCGUUGAAAGGCCACAUAGCUCACACUCGCUACCAGCACUGCGAAGCGAUAUUGACGUUCCCCUUGAUGCUCAUCUUGUCGAUAAAACGUCUGCUCGUAAAGCCAAAACAGUUCGAUUGACUCGCAAAUAUCAUUUCACAGAAGAGGACGAUGCAUAUAUUCGCGAGAGAAGGGUGCUACACAACAUGUCUUUCAAGGAUAUCAAAGCCAGCAAAACCAAAUGGUCGGAUUGGCCUACCACAGCAUUGUCCAACCGGUGGAGAACCCGACUGAAAGACGAGAGCCAUCAGAACCAGACCAAGUCAAAGACAAGAUCCGUUGCACAGAAUCCCCUACCGACAUCCGAAGAACACGAAGAACAUUAUUUCUCUAGCAUGGAGAUCCCAGAAACCUCUUCAGCCGAGCAUCGUCUACCAACACCAAACUCUCUGGAACAGGAAAGCCACUCAUCCGAACGAAUUGUGCUCCCGUCGUCUUCUCAUUUUGAUGAUGACGAACUCGAGCUCCUCUCGUUAGCAGGCGCCGACAUCAGCGACAGUCCCUCUGCACACUUCUUCGACGACGAAGGGAACAUGUACCCAGCACCCGACGAACCACUUCCUUCGAUCGAAGGCGCUGAUUUCCGCAACGAAGACGAACUACAGCUCGAAAUGCUCAAGACCGAAGACUCGCCCACUCCAGAGCCACCUCAAUGCAAGACUUUGCCCAGUACAAUACCAGAGACUCAGGAGUCGGGAGUUGUCGUAUCAUCAACGAGUCAGAAUCGUAUGGUGAUAGAAAAGCCGAAAACCAGGCCGGAAGCCACUUACCGCGCGUCCUCCAAGUCCUCCGAUGACCUCGACCUCAUCGGUACAAGCGACGAACCAGCCACCCCUCACAUACGCAUCAAGCGUGAAUCUUUGACGCCUCAGGCUACCAAGUUUCUCUGCAGUUCGCCUGUGUUCAAGACACCAAGACCUGCCCCGCAAUCUUCAGGCUUGCUCGCAAAGUCGACAGGCAAGUUGAACAGGAGAGCUUUUCUCAACGAUGUGAAGCAGGGGUGGACCAAGAGCAAGGGCAAGACAUCUAGUUCACAGAAAAGGAGGAGCUUAAAUCUGGCACCAACAAUAGUGGGGACAAGGCGUGUGGGCGUCAAGGCUAGCGAUAGCGAAGAUGAACUGGCUGUAUGAUGAGUGUUGUGAAUGAUAUCCCUAGUUGCUAUUCCAUUGCGCCUUGGUGGCUUUUGAAGAUUGAGAUAUCUCGUUUCCAU